GGAGUAACACCGAGCAACGCCUGGUUGAAAUGAGCCAUUUUGGUCGAGCGACGAAAAYAUUGAAAUGGCGGGAGUUAGGCAUUUAAAAGGCUCGAUAAUAGAGUUUUGGAGCUCAUUUCUUUUUGGAUCAACAAUCAGUUACAUUGGCUUAUUGAAAAUCAAUUCUGCAUAUGAACAAAGUAAAAAGGAGAAAGGAUAUGAAUCAAAUGAUCUGGACUUGCUGUUCAACUGUCAAAAAAGCAUUUGGAGAAAGAUUAUCUUGUUAAAUGGCAGCUUUAGUUGGAUCCAAAGUUUUUUGAAAGACUUAGAAGCAUCAUUCUGGCAAGAGAAAACAACUAAAGAAAUAUCCAAAGUGCUAUCAUCCCAGUUGGCAAGACAAUCAGGUUUAACAUCAAUGUCUUUAAAACUACUGCAAGAGUGCAAUACAAGRCAGUCACGGUUACUCUUAACUGACAUAAUUGGAAGAUUAGGUGUUAUYAAAGACAAAGAUGUAGAGGACAUUUUAUCAUCUUGUGAUGAAAGAGUACUCAUUGGUUUAGCAAGGCUCCCUGAUUGCAAUAACAAUUUAUUUGAGUCCCUUAAUACUAUAAAGAAAGAAGAAAUUARUGAUCUUGGAAGCUCAAUGGAAAACCAACUGAGGACACUUUUACUAAGCCUACCCCUGCAGGGAAUGGAUUCCUGCACUAAAUGGUUUACAAACAGUGCAAUCCACAUUGGAAAAUCUUGCAAAAAACACAAAAGGUCUUUGCCUUGGAGCUUUGGUGGCGACUCUAGUUUGUCAUUUGCUCAUAAUUUCACUUCAAUGCCUGUAGAGCAAGUGGAGUUGUAUUACUUGAAAGCUUUGACCAGACAUUCUGUGGUUUCAAGUCAUUCUCAAAUCAUGGUUGAAAAUGGCGUCCUUCCUCUACUGUCCAAAGAACUACAAAAGAGACGAAAUAACCUUAGAAUCUCACGUGAAAUAGCUCACAUAGUAGGAAACCUUUUUACAACCUCAGGUUUCUUGAUACAUUUACGAAGAUGGCUAUCUUCAGAGGAUUUGGCGUUAUCUACGCAUGCGGCUCGGGCGUUGGCCAAUCUUGAUCGGGACUUCAACCACAMAGAAUGCUACGAARAGGGUGUUUAUGUACUUCAUCCAGACAAGAGGCACAGAAGCGAUGUGGUAGCAGAUAUUGUGUUUGUUCAUGGCUUGAGAGGUGGACCGCUUAAGACUUGGCGAAUUGAAGGCACAAAAACUAGACUGACAGGCGAACAGUGCUGGCCGAAGGCMUGGCUGGUGAAGGAUUUCCCUAAUGUUCGAGUCAUAAUGGUGGAGUACGAUUCGUAUCUUUCUAACUGGGUUUCCCAAUGUCCCACACAACCACAAACGCGUUCAUUAGCUUUUCGUAGUGAKAAAAUCAUGAAGAAAUUACAUCGGGCAGGUGUUGGUAAAAGACCUGUAAUAUGGAUAGGUCAUUCUAUGGGAGGAGUGCUCGUAAAACAGCUGUUAUCAUAUGCUCAACAUGACAGAUAUUACAGAUGUUUAUGCGACCGAACGAAAGGAGUUGUGUUCUAUAGUACGCCCCAUAAAGGCUCAGCUUUGGCCUCGUACUCAUCUCAAGCAAGGUACUUUUUACUCCCCUCUGUYGAAGUGAAGGAGCUCUGUUUGGGUUCAGCGUAUUUGUCGGAUCUUCACAGUAAAUUUCUGAAACUUCUCGAUAUUUAUCGGUUCAAAUGUUUGAGCAUCGGGGAAACAAUACCCCUUAAGUUGUCAUGGUUGUGGAACUCCGUACUUGUCGAAGAAGAUUCCGCAAACUUUGGUUAUGGUCUGUAUUUUUCGCUGGAUACUAAUCACAUUAAUGUGAGCAAACCAAGCGAUCCUAACGAUCCACGAUAUCAACACACUAAGGACUUCAUCCAAGAGGUCUUAAGACAAUAAGGAAAGAGGACAUGAUGAUGACACUGAUGAAGGUUCACGAUACCAUUC